AUGUUGGGUACAGAAGAAGGGCAAGCAGUUGCGGUUGACUCGCCGAUGCAGCAGCCGAAGAAAUCGCGCAUCCAGUCAAUGGCUGGAUGUGCUUUGGUUGCAUUCGGGUUGGCGACUCUGGUCACCUACUCACAGAUGCGAUCCUUGGAUCAGCAACAGCAACAAAGACGUCUGGGAGAGUCGUCUCGCAGAGAACUUUCCCUUGUCGCAAGCGUGCGGCAGGUAUUCAAUGUCGUGGUGGGAAUCACUGUCGACGAAGACCCGAUACUUGGGUUUGACAAGGAACACGGAGUUCCUGAGAGCAGUGAGUGUCCUGGUAACGACCCCGCUGGCUUUGGGCAGUACUUUGAGAUUCCCUACAUUUGGACAGCCAACCUGGGAGGCUUUGGUAUCGAUGUGAGCAAGGGAGGUAGCGGUCUCCCACGCACUUUCACAGUGGUGGAGAAUCACACGCAACUCGACAAUGGUGCAGUCAUGUUCAAUGUCGAGACAGUCCCACAGGCACUACCCACUGAUCUCGCGAAACCCCAGUUUUCGGAAGAAGCCCUCCUUGUGGCGCUCCAAAGAGAAGCCGGAAAAUUCUACUCUGGGCAAUUGAACGCUGUCUCCAAGAAAAAGUCCAUGCGCCCGGGAUCCGCCAACAACUCCAUCAUUGAAGUGAGCUCUGUCAUGCCAGUCAAUACAUCCGACGGGAGUGGGACCGUUUUUGCGGGUGGUCAGGGGUUCUUGGCAGCGUGUAUGAUUUCCUUUGCCCAUCAUCUCCCCCUCGCACUAUCGCCAGAUGACAUUUGGCUUGUCAUUGCCAAUGGCUUUGCUCGUCACGUAGAUGCCAACGCUGAGGCACUGCGAAGCAACUUUGUGGAUCAUGCUGGACAACGGGAAAUUCGAAUUAGAGAAGACCGCAUGGUCAAGGGAGACACAGAAGCAAAAUUUUGGGAAGAAUGGAUCUUUCCCAAGUUUUCCGAAGGCAUUGCCAAUGCCACCAACAACCAGGACAUGUAUGAGACAUUGGCCGUGGAUACAUUCUCCACCACCACAGUUGCUAGUCAAGCGGCCAGUGAGAUCACGCUCAUGAGUACCAUGAAGAACUACUUCCGAUUUCACAUGGACACCAUGUGUGGUAUUCCCAAUAUUCGUCUCGAUGGCACUCGUGAUGACUGGGAAGCGCUCCGAGAGCGAACCAAAUCGUUGUCCGAUUGGAUGUUGCAAAACAAUACUCAUGGCGACUUGUGGAUCAAUGAUAUUGUGGUGCCCAUUUUGGAUCAGUUUGUGCUUUCGUUUGACAGCGAGGGAGUUGACUACUGCUUUUGGCAAAACAUGGUCAAGUUCCGAACUUCGGGUGACGGCUCUGGCGCCUAUGACUUUUUGUCUGGUUGGUUGCCAACACUCUUUCCAUAUCUGAGCGGACCUGGGGACAGCUCCUAUCCCAACCCACACUUGAGACCAUGGCUUGAAAGCGCCGCAGCUCACCACAUGGGUCCAAGGCCAAAUGAAAUCCCAAUUCAAAUGUCAUCAGUGUCGGUGAUAUGGAACUACUUGGAAGUAGAGUUCCCUAUGCAUUUUCAUGCAGGUUUCCGAGGUGUUCAGCAAGAGGCUGAUGGAACCGUCAAACCAAUCAUUGGUUGGUAUGUCACAGAAGACCCACCAACCGGGGAGUAG